GUGUGGGUGUUGAAAGAUCAGUUGACUGGCAGGUAAAUGGGAUGGUGACAAACUGUUAAUGGUUCAAAAGAAUUAUUUCAAAAGAAUGAUUUGAGGUCCGGAAAAUCUGCUGUAUAGUGAGAGAGUGGAGGAGCAUGAUCUGUUUAGUGACGAGAAGGUUAAGAGGUGACGUGAUCCUGGUCUGUAAGCGCCUAAAUGAGGAGGGGAUUGCUGAGAGCAGAGGGCUGUUUAAUUCCCAGGCAAAGGCAGAGCAAAAUCCACAGGAUGAGAGCUGAAGGGAGAAAAAUUCAGGCUGGCAAUAAGGGUCCAGUGUUUACCAGGGAGGGGAAUUCAUCAUUAGAACAGCUUCCCUAUGAGGGGGUGGAUUUUCCAUCACUGGGAGUCUGUCAGUGGAGAUGGGGUGUCUCUUUCUCAAAGCCCCGCUCUAGCUCAGCCAGGGGUUAAUGGGUAAGAGGUGAUACCACAAAGAUUCCCCGGACUUCAUUUUGUGUCCCCAGCUUCCAUUUUGAAUAGGCAAAAGUCACUCCACCAUUAGAAGCUGAAGUUCACCUGGUACUUCACUGCUGAAAGUAGGCCAAAAGGUCGAAAGUUGAGCGGGGGCAGAGGGAGGAAUAGAACUGGUAGAAAGCCAAAAAGGUGCAGAAUAACUCAAUGAUAAACAACUAGCGAUGAACAUGCACGGUAAAGAUCCGAUAGCUGACAGGACAGUAUAAAAGGCAAAUAGUUAAGACUAUUAAAACAGUUAGGAGCAGAGGGAAUGAAGAGAUCGAGUGGAGAGCCGACCUGAAAGAGCGGAGCCAAACGGAGUGAAGCAACCUGGAAAACCAGCAGCAGAGUCAACACAGCAAAAUCAGCAAAUAAGUUAAUUACAGGAUUGGCCACAAGUGUUGUCUUUGGGGGAAGAUUUAAGGUGCAAUUGACCUGGGGGCUGGAUUUCCACCCCCCAGACCGGCCGUGAGUCCCAGAUGGAGCCAGAGGUAGAGCCGGGCACGCUGGAUCCCCAGCGCUCCAGUGACAGCCGCGUCCCUACAGGCACUCCUGCAGCUGGCGACGAGGCACAGAGCGGGGACAAGGAGGGGAGUCCUGGCCCGGAGGACGGGGCGCUGUCAGGCGGGUCCGAGUGGGAGUUGUCCCCCAGCCCCGACCGGGAGUGGCUGCCGAUGACACUCCCCACUGCCAACUCAGGGAAACCCUACAACUGUGCUGACUGCGGCAAAGCCUUCACCUGGCCCUCGCACCUGGUGCAGCACCGGCGCAUGCACACGGGUGAGCGCCCUUACCGCUGUGCCGACUGCGGCAAAGGCUUCGCCGACAGCUCGUCCCUAGUUAAGCACGGCCGGACCCACACGGGAGAGCGCCCCUACACCUGCCCCCAGUGUGGCAAAGGCUUUGUGGACAGCUCGUCGCUCACCAAACAUGCCCGGACCCACACAGGCGAGCGUCCCUACUGCUGUCCCAGCUGUGGGCGCGGCUUCGCCGACAGCUCCCGGCUGGCCCAGCACCGACGCACCCAUGCUGGGGAGCGACCUUACUGCUGCCCCGACUGUGGGAGGGCAUUUGGCCGUCGGGCACACCUGAUCGAGCACCGGUACACCCACACUGGCGAGAAACCCCACCGCUGCCACCAGUGUGGCAAAGGGUUCAGCCAGAGCUCCAACCUGACGCAGCACCAGAAGACCCACCUGGCGGAGAAGCCUUUCAUUUGUCCACAGUGCGGGAAGGGGUUCUGUCUGCGCUCCCAGUUGGCCAAGCACCAGCGGCUGCACAGCCCUGACAACCCCCACCGCUGUCCCCAGUGCCACAAGGGCUUUGUGGACCGCUCACCGCUCCUCAAGCACCUGAGGAUCCACACCGGGGAGCGGCCCUUCCGGUGCACUGAGUGUGGGAAGACUUUCAGCAUGAGUUCACACCUCACACAGCACCAGCGAGUCCACACCGGUGAGAAACCCCACCACUGCCACCAGUGCGGCAAGGCAUUUGCCCAGAGCUCCAACCUGACGCAGCACCUGCGCACCCAUACUGGGGAGCGCCCAUACAAGUGCCCCAAAUGUGGCCGGGCCUUCAGUGAUAGCUCCAGCUUCUUGAGGCACCAGCGGCUGCACAGUGGGGAGCGGCCCUACCGCUGCCACCAAUGCGGCAAAGGCUUUGCUGAUGGCAAGGUGCUGCGGAAGCACCAACUGACCCAUAGCAGUGAGCGGCCCUUUGCCUGUGGGCAGUGUGGCCGCGCCUUUGCCCAGAGCUCCAACCUGGUGCAACACCAGGCCAUCCACACCGGGGAGCGGCCCCAUCGCUGCCACCAAUGCGGCAAAGGGUUCUGCUUUCCCUCACAACUGGCGCAGCACCGGAAGCUCCAUGCCACUAUUAUUGUGGUGGACGAUGGUGAUAACGAACUCCCCUCUCCAUCUGCCAACUAAGCCCCUCCAUUCCCCAGCUGCCCUGGGUGGGGAUUGAACCCGGGACUCCUCUGUUGCUUGAAUUACCGGGCGAAGAGGGUGAUACAGACUUGUAAUCCUUUAUCCAGCCACUAGAGGGGGACAGGGAGCAGAUUUAGUGCUAGAGCUGAUCAAGGGACAGAAAGAAAAACAGUUUCACUAAGUCAAUCUGGCUCUGGAACAAGACACUUUUUUUCUUUUAAUUGAAAUUGUUGGUGAUAUUUCCCCCCCAAAAGUCAUGUGACUAUAGGAAAAUCUCAGCUUUUAAAAAAAGUAAUUUUCUGAUCCUCAUAGUUGGGGAGAAAAGCUGAGAAAAUUACUCCAAAUGGCUCAGAAUCGUGUCUAAACAGACCUUUACAAUUAUGAUUUUCAGCAUCUCAUGAUGUUUUUAAGCCAUGACUAUUCUGGAGGCUGGCUCGUGAUUUUUGAAUGCUUAGAGCGGCCAUGCUGCUGGGGUUAAAUUUUGGAGAUAUUUGUGAACCCACUCCAAUCUCAAUGGAGUUGGUGGAAUUUGUUCAUGUGUCUCGCAGUUGUGAAGGGUUUAGGAAUCCAACAGAGGCUGAAUUUAUAGCCAGGAUUCUAAGGCUCUAGUGUAAUUCAUUGACUUAAUGCCUAUUGCCAGGUCUACCUCUAGUGCACAACCCUGGCUACUACAAUCCCACUGCUCACUCUCAGCUGGGGGAGUUACCCCUUUAGCUCAGGGUAGCAUGGGAUCAUGCGUUGGGGUUGGGGCUAACGGACAAGAGCUGGUCAGGAAAUGAUUUGUUUGUCCCCAUGAAAAUUUUUUAAUGAAAACAUGGUUGGGAAAAAUGUGUUUCCUUGAAAUUUUUCAUCUAAACUUUUGUGGGAAAUGUUCAGGGUUUUUGUCAACAAACCUAAAGCUGAGAAAAUUUGGGUUCCCCAAACCCAAACAGUUUCCAAGUAUUUUUCAAUGAACCCCACCAACUUUUCCAUGCAAUGGAAAUUUCUAGGGGAAAGAAAAAUGUUUUGUCAACAACAACAACAAAAGACCGGGGGGGCGGAGGGGGGGAAGGGGACGACGACAUUUCCCACCUAAAAGCCUUUGGACGUCCAGCAUUUGAUCAGCUUUGGAAGAGAGUCAUGUGCCCAAAUUCCUUCAGCUCCUGUAAUAAUCACCUUUGGGGGCUGAGACCCCAUGGGUUGGAUAUACAAGAAUAAACAACACAUCACAAUCGAAUUGGCUCCUUGCUUUUCAAGCCUUUUUGGAAAUGUCCCACUAUUGCUCCUAUUUGAUUUAAACCUCCCUGGUUUUAUAUAUGUAAUAUGAAAAUUAACAUUUUCCUCCAUUCUUUUCCCAAAACUUUUAUGUGUUUAUUUUUUUAGAAAACCAACACUUAAAAAUAGAACUUAGGGAAGAUUAGAAAUAACAACCUACAUUUUUUGUUGUAUUUGUUAAAACACAAAACAAAAAAUAAAAACCAAGGAAAGUUUUUUUUUCACCAGGCAAAAAACUUUGUUAACUACAGGAUUCUAACAACAGUAUCACAAAUUAAGGGAUAACCAUUAAUAACCUUAACUCUGCCCUUCAGGACGUGUUUUGUUACAGACUGGGCUACUGUUGUUAGGACUCCACCACUUGGAUUUGGAUGUUAGGAGUUAGACUUCCCAGCUGGGAUUUUUCAAAGGAGUUGAAGAGAAUUUGGUUUCUAAAUUCAAUGGGAUUAAAUUAAUUAGAGUGAAUUGACAUUUUGUAAGCAAAACAUAUUCCUGGCAAAAAAUGAAGUUUAGUGAAAAAUGGGAGUUUUUCUCAUGAACAUGUUAUUUUCAACAAAAAAUGUUGACUAGUGAUUACAAAAUGCACAUUUCUGUUUCACUUCAAAUUGGAUUUUUUGCUUUGCUCUCCUCUCGUCAAACACACUUUCUGUCUCACUUCUCCUUUCACCCAUCAUUUGCAGUGAGGAAAAAAAGAGGGGAGA